AGCCCCGCUCCCUCGUCGACGAUCGACGAGUCUCGAACUACUACUACAAAGGACAGCAGCAGGUUCCUUUACUUUGACCAUUGCGGCUUGUUGUUGUGGGAGCUUGACGUAGCAGGCCAGUCAUUGGCAGUGUUCGAAGGCUACCACCAGGUCCACCCGCCGACCUUGCCCCGCUUGUCAAGCAACUGCGCAAGCAACUUCAACGGACUUAGCCAUGGCUUCAGGAUAUCUUCUGGUGUUGGCUGUCGCUGUGCUGUCCCUUGGGGCACUCUGUGAGGCCAGCGAGUGUGGCAAGCUGAGCUGCCCACCAGUGGAGAAGCCGCUAUUGACGGAUUGCUGCAACGAGACGACCACCCCUUUCACACCAGUGAUAUAUACCUGCUGUUUGCCGCAUGAGGGCAAGUUGGUUAAGAAAGCCUUGGAGGUGUGGAUAAUAGCCUGCAUCGUUGUCGCUGUUGUCGGCUCGCUUGGUGCGGUCUGCUGCUGCUGCUUCUGCUGCGCGUGCUGCCCGAUCUUCUCGUCGCGCCAGAAGAACACAACGCACGUCUCCACGCACUACCAGACGCUGCCACAGGGCGGCAACGCAACCUACCAUGCCGACCAGAAGGUGCCGCUAGCCACAGCCUACCCGUCAUACAGUGCCUAGCCAGAGGAUCAUUAUCAACACCCACACCUGGUAAUUCUCGUCUGCUUUCCGUAGCAGCUGCUGAUGGUGAUCAAAGAUGGUCUUUAUUUUCAGAGCCAAUUUCUCUCUUUGUUAUAGCAAGUGAACCAUUUCUAGCACUCCUCGCUGUUCUUUGUUCGACUUGAGUUUACUACAAGAUUUUGGUUUCAGAAAGGCCAUGUUUAGAGCCAUUCAAUUCAGACAUAUUCAGCCCUCUUCUGGGAUGAAAAGUAAGGAACUCAUCGCUCCUGCCCAGCACUUCUCAUGAUGCCUUCCACAGUGACAUGUGAUUAGGUGUGAAGUCUGGCGAGGGUCAAUUCAUUGAUCAUAGAUAACGUUAGAUACAGAUAUUUUUUCUUUCCGGACACCUCGGAUGUUAGUCCAAUUUUCAAUUUUAUCAUGAUUUGUAUGAAGAAAAAUUAUAUAAUUAUAAUUAUUAUUAACUAGUUUGAGUGUUCAUGAGUUGUUUCUGCACUGUUCAUGCCCUUUUGUCACACAUACUCUUAAUCUUAGUUCUCACUUUUUGUAAUACUUACGCGUCAUAUGUCACACUUCUUUGGAUUUUUAACCUUUGUUUUUCCCUUGAUCACGUUAGUUCCGUAUUUCCACUGAUGAUCGGAGCUUGAAAAUUGAUUUUGGAAACAC